CUCCCACACACACACACACACACACGCACACGCACACGCACACCGAGCGGAGAGCGAGCCUCACACCACACAGACAAAGGGACUGUACCUCGACACGAUGGAGGAAAACAUGGAUGAUUCUCAGAGCCAGAAAGGCUGUAAGGAGUGCUGUGAGCGAUGCGUGGGCAGUCUGCCCUGGGCCUCCCUCAUUGCCACCGUUCUGCUCUACAUGGGCGUGGCCUUGUUCUGUGGCUGUGGCCACGAGGCGCUGAGCGGGACCGUCGCCAUCCUACAAAACUACUUUGAAGUCGUCCGAGCACCAGGAGAAACACUGGACGUGUUCACCAUCAUCGACAUCCUGAAGUACAUCAUCUACGGCCUGGCGGCUGGAUUCUUUGUGUUGGGCGUGCUGUUGCUGGUGGAGGGUUUCUUCACCACCGGAGCCAUCAGGGAUCUGUACGGGGAGUUCAAGAUCUCCGCCUGCGGACGCUGCCUCACCGCAUUCUUGAUGUUCCUGGCCUACCUGUUCUUCCUUGUGUGGCUCGGAGUGACAGCAUUUGCCAGCCUGCCGGUCUUCAUGUACUUCAACGUUUGGUCCAUGUGUCAGAACACCAGCCUGACGGAGGGGGCCAACCUGUGCCUGGAUCUGCGUCAGUUUGGAGCGGUGACCAUCUCUGAGGAGAGGAAGUUGUGUACUGGUUCCGAGAAGUUCGUCAAGAUGUGUGAAUCCAAUGAGCUGGACUUAACCUUCCAUCUAUUCGUGUGCACACUGGCAGGAGCAGGAGCGGCUGUCAUCGCCAUGGUCCAUUUCCUGAUGGCUCUGGCUGCCAACUGGGGCUAUCUAAAGGACGCCAGCCGUUUGCAGAAGUAUGAGGACAUCAAAUCCAAGGAGGAGCAGGAGCUGCAUGACAUCCACUCCACACGCUCCAAAGAACGUCUCAAUGCCUACACAUAGACAGACAGCCGCGAGAGGAACAACGCACACACACACAAACCCGUCUCACACACACACACACACACGCACACACGCACGUGGGCUGACAAAAGCCUUAGGAUAGUGGAAACAUACGGUACAAACAAAGACAAAACGACGACACAAACAUGCGUUCAGAGACACUAAUUGGGACAUUAUUAGGCGGGAAUAAUUUGUUGAUGUAGGAUGAAAACACACAAAAAAAGCAUGCGGUAGAUCUUUGGCUUAGGUGAUCUGUGCUAACACUUUAGCAUCCCACGCUGUUGGUUUGCGUCACGUGACGUGUCAAGUGACAUCUUUACAGUAAACGUGAAAACGAGCAGAGACCAACGCGUCCUGGCAGAUGGCGCCACCGAUUACAAGCACCAACGUUUUGUGAUCGUCCUCUUCAAAUUGCUCCAAAAAGGGAAACCUUCCUAAAUUUACUUUAAAAACGUUGUGAUAUUUGGCUCUGAAGUCCUGAAGCUUACGAGGCCUUGCCUCUCCCUUCUUAGGUUCUACCCACGACUCCCCAAAGUAGCUCUGCGGUGUGUGAAAGUGCAGAACAAUCAACUGAGACUGGCAAGAGGUGCUAAAGAAAUUGGUGAACUAAUGUACAGUCAGUGUAUGAUAUGGCACAAUAAAUAUACAAUAUAUUACACAAAGAAAAAAGAAUGACCAGAAGAACCCAAAGAUUUUUUUAAACUUUAAUUCAGUUGUUUUCGGUCUUAAGCGUGUAGUUAGUUUGGCCCAACUAUGCUUUUUCCAGAGGGGAAAAAAAAAAUCUAAUAUUUAGCCAAAACAGGUCACCGUGGUGACCAACGGAGCGUUGAGCUGUUAGCAUGGCACACUAAAGUCAACAAUCUACAGCAGACACCAGGUCGAGCUGUGCGUCUACCACGCGGUGGCCGUACAACCGGGCGACGCCACCGUGGCGCCCGAUAGCUCCAACGUCUGCUGACACGCGCAGAACAUACAGACUCACCCACACAGGCACCCACGCACACACACAUACAUGUGGCUGAAUGGUCGGUGUUUUGCAGGCAGUGUUGUAUGUUGUUGUCAUGCUCUGUCGUGUCGUUUCGCCACAUUAUGAUGACUGGAAAUGCAGAGAAAUGUGAUCCCCGAGGAACUGUGUACCUGCCAGGUACCGAUGGGUAGCUUUGAUACGUUUUCCUUUCCUGCCCUUCUCUUUUUUUACUCAUCUUCCCUGCAGCCCCAUCCAUCCUGUUUCUCUAUGUGACCUGCUCAUCCUGAGCCCAGUUUCAUUAGUUGUGAACUUUCAGAUGAAAAGCCCCCACAAGGCCACCGGGAGGCCAUUUAAACACCUACUGAAACGGGGCGUUGUCUUCUCCCUCUAGUUCCAGCAAGAACUGUCCUCAGAAACAGCACACGUUAACAGUAUUACGUCUUUUGACUAGAGGCAUGUUCUCAUCCGCUUGAAAAAAAUAAUGUUUUCUUUCUCACUUUUCAAAAUCUUGCCACGUUUUGUACCAGUAAUAAUUAUGUACAUUGUUAGCCUUGCUUUUUUCAAACGGGACAGCGGUAAGGUGAUGUCACUUUCAAAUGUUCAAUUCAUUGUGUGUUUCAGUGGUUCCGCACACAUACAAAUACGCACAAACACACGUAAACAUUCCUGAGAGCUUCGAUUCUUUCGAUAACAAUUAAUGGUACGAGGGAGUGGUCUGAGAAAAGAGUACAUUUAUGAGACUAAAAGGGUAUUCUUUGAGAUUCAAAGUGGCAAAUCUAGGAAAAACUAAAUGUGACACAUGCAUCUUGAGUAGAUGCUGUUGUAAAGGUUACAGGAAAGCACAGACAAAAGGUUUCAUGUUUGCCUACACAAAGGUGUGUGACGGAACGGAUGGAUGGAUGGACAGAUUGACAGAUGAAUGGAUGGAGAGAUGGACGGAUGGAUGGAUUUCUGAUGGCAUCCAUCCAUCCCUUUGCAAAGUAAAGCAAUUUUGGCUCUUUUAUAGAAAAAUCAUCACUAUCUUCAUCAUUAUUUUGCACUUAAACAAUAUUUUUCAUAGUAACAUUUAUUUUUUCUGUAUAUGUACCACUUUAUUUUCAGAGAAUAUCUCCUUUUAGCAUACAGUACUCUCCACGCUUGAUAGGUAUUACAAAUAUUUUACCUCAAUGGCCAUAAUGCUCCCUCCCACUAAUGUGAUCAAAAUAAACAUCCAUUUAUUAGGUUGAAUUUGGAAAGAAGUCUGGGCGAUGUUUUGGUGUUUUGCAUCAUCUGAGUGCUGUAACCUGAGAUUUAAAGUACUGACUCCGUAGAAGGUGAGGGAAUGAGGGAGUGAGGAAAUAGGAGACGAAGCUCCAGUGACUCCAGUAUAAACGAUCCUACGUGAUCUAUUUGUUUUGUAUCAGCCGAACAUUCAAAAACGACCAGCUGAAACAUCACCAUGAUUCUGAAUUGAUUCCUGAUUCCAGUUCAAACCUAAACUUGAUGUGAUAUCAACUUGAUAACUUGAUAUGCCGCUACCUCUUUCAGAGUCAGAUCUGUGAGUGGCAACGACUUUAAACUCAAACGAGGUUUCUUUCAUGCGGCACUUCUCAUUUAAAUACAUUUGGAGAAAUAAACGGAGGGAGUAUAGCAGUGUUUCCUUGAGGGUUCGUUGGGCCACCAUUCGGAUCCGAGGGCUGUAUGGAAUGUUCUGGAAUGGAGGAUUCUCUAUCUGCCAGUAGAGAUGCUGAGGGGGAAUUCAGCUCGUCUUCGGAACGAUGAUGAUGAGGGUUUUAGUGUUGAAGACAUUCGUUAUUGAAGGGUUUGAUUUUAUGAGACUACCAGCACACACACACACACACACACACUCUCCACCACCGCCAUCACUCUGAGCCGAAAUUCAUUGCUCUUUUACUUUUCACCUUUGACAUUUCACCAUUUUAUUAUCAACUUUUAAUCUUUGAGACUUUUUAAAUGUGAAAUCAUUUAAUUAAAAAAAAGUAAAUGUGUUUUUUUUUUGUUCUUGCGGUCAGUAUUGAGAACUGUACCUACAUUAACUCUGUAAAAAGAUCUACAUAUAUGUGAAACAGACGACGUGAGCAGCCGGGGAGAAUGUUUCCUAUCGGUUACAGAGUCUGGAGGAGGUGGUCGAGCCUCUACUCCCUCAGAGAGCUGCUUUUACACACAUGAAAGUAUUUACAACACAACGCUGGUCCACAAAUAGAAAUGGAAAACUAUUACAUAAAGCAAUAGCAUCCAGUAUGAGGUCCGAUUCACUGCGUGAUGAUUUUCUCCUGCUAGUGGUUGUGUUGGCUACUUUAGACGUGGCAUGAACAUUUCAAAAACUAAAGCUGAUACUUCCCUAACCACCAACCCUAACCCUAACGAAAACAAUACUUAUUUGCAAUAAAAAAAGAUUAAACAGCCAGUGGAGUCCUUCACGACGCUAAAUUGGCCACAAGAUGGCAUCUCAGACUCAGAUAAUAAUAUAUAUAUAUUUUUUGUAUUGAACCCCAAAAGGACGGAAGCCAGUGUUCACAAAUGUCAGCGGACACGUCCUCGUCAAACUACCUUUCAGUCGGUGUUCGUCAAGCUGAACCCGAGGUGUCACUUAUUGACACUAAACGGACGCACAAAGCCAGGCAACAAAACACGCAAUAACACAGCCAGUGGCCGGGUGUCCACCCUGUGGAAUGCCCUUUAUUCCUGCAUGGUGUUGGUAAAGCACAGCUCACACCGGUUCUUUGUGUGUCGUAAAUGCAGCUGAAUUGGACAAAAACAAAUGAAUGCACACUUGGUGUGAAGGGAGACUCCGCCAGACUCGUCUCUCGUGCAGCUGCGUCUUGGCUGCAUACAGUCAGUAUUUUUAAGGGUCUAGUUUUCCAGUAACAGUAUUCUAUAAUUUCAUUGCCUGACAAUGAAUGUUUGUCAGUGUUUUUAACUUCAGAUAAAUGAUAAAGUUUUUUGUGCACUUAUUGAACAUUUUGAGCCCCCCCCCCUCUCUCUUUCCCCCCUCCUCCCCUCCUCCCUCCCUCCCUCUCCUCUCUCUCUUUGCCUCUCUCUUAUUCUUGGUGUAAGUGCAUUGAGCUCCCCAUUGUGGGAACUGUGUAUAGUCUUGCAGCAUUGGUAAUUAUCUGAAGAAAUAACAAUGGUAAAAACAAACAAGUUCAUGAUAAUGAAUAUACAGUAAUGUUAUUCUAGGUAUAUAUAUAUAAAAGACAAUGAAUCUAGUUGUUGUUUGUGGCAUGGUUAUGCAUUCAAUGGUCAUACUUUCAAUGAUUAAAAUAAUACAAAAGACGUUCAUUUCACUGGCGCUGUUCUGCUGUUUGUUGUAUUGUUUUGGACUUUUUCCCCCCAUUCAUUCAGUUGUUCACUACCGGAGCAAUAGAUUAUAGCAUUUUGACGAAAUCCACGCUGUAAACAUCUGGCUUACAAGAGUACGGAUCAAUGAUUGCUGGUCCUAAGUGAUGUGAUCACGGCGUUCUUUGUUGUUUAACCUACUAACUGCUUUGGCCACCCGUCAUGAUGCACCCACCUCUUCCUCAUCCUCUUCCUCAUUCGUGUCAGCUAGGUUAAAAAUCACACAGCUCUGAACGUUUUAAACUCAGCUUAUUGUUCUUUCACCACAUUUGAAUCCAAAAGGGACCCCAGUGAGAUUUCCUUACUUCACAAGUAAAGCACCACGGAACCAGCAACAAGCUUAUUCUGCCCGGCUCACACAGCAGUGCCCCCAUCUGUGUUCAAGGCCGAAUGAUGAUGAUUUCAGGUUUAGUUAAAGUUUAAAUCAGCACAAUCACAUUUUAAGGGGAAGAAUGAAAGCCUGUUCGCAGGCAGCAGGGAAUCCGAUCUCCACAUGGGAUGAUGCCCAAAACAGAGGUACAGACUUCUUUUGAGCCAAAGUGUCGAAUUGGGUUCUGGCUACCAGGUGGGGCCUGAAUGAAGACACGUCUAACAUUUACCGUUUAUCCUGCCUGAACAUAUUCAGUCCUCGUCCGAUGUGAACUGAAAGCUGAUGAUGUCAGUGUGCUGCUUGGAACUGAACAUCACUGUUCACAUUUGAAUGUUGGAAAUGGGUGUUGCUUCUGUUUUACCAUCAAAUCUUGACUUUUGUACCUCACUGUGAAUGCUAAUUAUCCGACUUACUUCUCCAUGUUGUACAUAUGUGUGCCAACAGCAUGGGCGGACGGUGGCUUCUUUAUAUGUAAAAGAUAUAAACUUGCUUGCAUCUAUGAAUAAAAUGAAAUGCUA